CAUUGAUUCACACAGGAUUAAGCCACCACAUGAUGCUUCAGGCGGAAGGCCUGGUGCAGCUGAUUUACCAUCCCUGUCAGACUUAGCGUCUUUGGAAGUCUCGUCUGCCCCCACUCCUGUAUUCUGUGGAAGGACAAGUAAAAAGCAUCUGCCACUGCACCAACCAGAUCACCCAAAGGGAUGACUGGUAGUCAUCUUGCUCAGGAGUAAGAGAGGAAGCAAUGAGCUGGACUAUGACUCUAAAAGAUGACUUUGGGGUCAUUGCCUGGACACGGCGAGCUGGGAGCUACCUCAGCCUCUUCCUCCUUUUGUCUCUCUUUGCCUUUUCUGUCCCGUCAGACAUUCUGUUUCCUAAGGACCAUCAUUUCUCAUGGAAAGCAGGCCAGUGGGGUCAGUGUAUCGGGGAGGAGUGUGGUUCUGGCGGGGUGCAGACAAGGACAAUAUGGUGUGUCCACAUGGAGGGCUGGACUACCCACCAUUCCCACUGCCAGCGCACAGACAAGCCAGAAAGCCAGCGGCACUGCUUUAAGGUCUGCGACUGGCACCAGGACCUCUUUGAAUGGGAGGUAUCAGACUGGGGGGGCUGUGUUCUUGUCCCUUUUUUUUCCAACGAGCUCAAGCUGAGGACAGCUGAGUGUAUUACAGCACAGCACGGCAUCCAGAGGCGCAAAGUUCAUUGUGUACGCACUUCAAACCGUACUACAGUCACCUCAAGGAUAUGUGAGUUCUUUUCCCAGAAACCAUCUGUGGAGCAGGCAUGCCUCAUCCCCUGCCCCCAGGACUGUGUAGUUUCAGACUUCACUUCCUGGUCAAGUUGCAGCAAAACCUGUGGCUCUGGCCUGCAGCAUCGAACUCGACAUGUCCUGGCCACACCAAUGUACGGAGGUGCAAACUGCCCCAACCUGACUGAAACCAGGACUUGUUCUGGCCCUGUUGACUGCCCUGCUGGGGAGGGCGAGUACCAGUAUAGCCUUAAAGUAGGGGCCUGGAGCGAGUGCCGACUACCCCAUCACAAGGAUGCCCUGUUAAGUGGUAGGACCACAGUGGACUUUAGCAGCUCCAUUGAGAACAACACAGUCACAUUGCACACACAGGCGUCUCACCACCACACCCAUCACCAACACCACCACCACCCUCAUGCACAUGACAAGUACCCCAUGUCAUGGGAACUGGAGGUGGGGUACCAGACACGACAAGUCCGCUGCACACGGAGUGACGGCAGGAAUGCUAUGCUAAGUCUCUGUGCAAAGGACAACUCCCCCGUGACCUUCCAGGCGUGUGUGAUGCCCAAAGACUGUCAGACAUCUGAUUGGUCAUCGUGGAGUCCCUGCUCUAAGACCUGCCGGUCCACCGACCUGUCUCCUGGUUAUCGCCUCCGGUCACGGAUCAUGACGCAGAUCCCAGUUGGAGGUGGAAAACGAUGUCCUGCCCUUGAGGAAAAAGAAGCUUGCAACAUCAUCGGAGAUUUACUUCCAAACUGCCCCAGGUAUGUGUGGAGGACCACUGACUGGGGCGAGUGUCGCAUCCCUCCUUUACUGAGCCAGCAGGACCGGCGUCUCGCUAACAUCAGUAUUCUGUGUGGAGCGGGGAUCCAGACCAGGAAGACCUACUGCGUUCAAGUCCCUGAUGAGUCAGCACCACAUCACAGGAAGGAGGUGUCCAGGCCUGUGAAUGCCAGGCUAUGCGCUGGUGAAGAGCCCCCGUCAGCCGUCCAGCACUGCAUCAUCCCUUGCCAGCACCAGUGCUUGCUCUCCCAGUGGUCACCCUGGGGUGCCUGCCUACAUGACAACUGCAAAGAACCACACGGGAAGAAAGGUAUGAGACAGAGGAGGAGAGAGGUGUUGUGGGAGUCCAGCAGUCCUCCGGAGACCUGCCCUCAUCUGGUGGAGUUCAUCCCCUGUGAGGAUCCUGCCUGCUACCUGUGGCAGGUCCAACAAGAAGAAAGAUGCUUUCCCACUAAAAGCUCCUGUGGUCCUGGAACUGCAGUCCAGAAUGUGACCUGUGUCUCCGCUGAAGGGGAAGAUGUGCCCAUUGCUCACUGUGUGGACGAUCCUCCACCCACAGAAGUUGCUUGUGAGGUGGCCUGUCCUGCAGACUGUGUGGUUGGCUCCUGGUCGUCCUGGUCGCCUUGCUCACACAGCUGUGCCACCAAGACAGCAGAGGGUCGACAGAGCCGCACUCGCACGGUGUUGGCCAUCCCAGGAAAAGACGGAAAGGAGUGUCCAGCAGCUCCUGCCCUGGAGGAGUGGCGAGUGUGCAAUGACCACCCGUGUAUGGUGUUCUACUGGGAGGCCUCAGCAUGGGGUCCCUGUAUUGAGGAAGCCUCCAUGGAUCUCAAUGGUACUAGCUCCUGGAAUGGGACCCCUACCUGUGCUGUGGGUGUUCAGAUCCGCAAAGUCAGCUGCAUGAAGAUGAACACUGGACCUGUCACAAGUAAAAGGUGUUCAGAUUCUGCUCGUCCAGAAACUGUCCGGCCCUGUUUGCUUCCCUGCAAGAAAGACUGCAUUGUGACACCCUUCAGUGAAUGGACGGCCUGCCCAUCAACCUGUAUGCCAGAUAAUACUACUGCCGCCACACAGUCUCGAUACAGGACUAUCAUUCAGAGGUCUGCUAAUGGAGGUCAAGAGUGUCCUGACACACUGUAUGAGGAGAGAGAGUGUGAAUCACUUCCUGUAUGUCCAGUGUAUAGGUGGAAGACACACAAGUGGCACAGCUGUAUUCUGGUUCCAGAUUCGAUUCAACGUGGACUAUCUGGACCAGGAGAAGCCUGUGGAAAUGGUUUAGAAACAAGAGGAGUCAGUUGUGUUGAGGGGAGCGGUGAGUCGGCCAAUAUGACAGAGUGCCUGCGAUGGGCUGGCCCCUUGCCCCUUCAGAUCAGAGAGUGCCGGGUGGCUUGCAAGGAUGACUGCACUCUAACUGCAUGGUCCAAGUUCUCGGAAUGCUCUGGAUGUGGAAGCUCCCGCAGUCGCAAGCGCUCACUCACAGGUCGCAGUAAAAAGAAGGAGCAUUGCCUGAAUGAGAAGUUGUACCAACUGGAGGAAACAGAGGCUUGUCUCUGUGAUGAGUUUUUGUCUCAGCCCCAUGGGAACUGGUCUGCUUGCAUCCUCCCUGAUCCUUCAGCUCCAGGGUCCCUGCAGGGCUGGAUGAGUCACCGGGAAAAAAAGGAGUGUGGCCACGGUCUGCGCUACAGAGCUGUGGCCUGCAUUGACCAGCAGGGACACCUGGUCAACCCCACACUCUGUACUGACUCAGGCUACAUGGUGGAGGUAUGCCACAUCCCUUGCCCCCUCGACUGUAAGCUCAGUGACUGGUCAGCCUGGUCAGCCUGCAGUACGUCCUGUGGCAGCGGGUUGAAGAUCAGGUCCAAGUGGCUCAGGGAGAAAGCUUUCAAUGGGGGACGCCCAUGCCCCAAGCUGGAUUUGAAAAACCAGGCUCAGGUGUACGAGGCUGUGCGCUGCCACAGUGAAUGCAGCCAAUAUGAGUGGAGGAUUGAGCCCUGGUCCAUUUGUACCAUCAACACUGUGGACGACCUGCCAGCCUGCGGGGAGGGAGUCCAAAGCCGCAAGAUCAGGUGUGUGAAGAAGGGAACAAUGAGUGGGGAGGCCAGCAUUGUGGAGGACAGUCUGUGUGAUCAGGAGGAAAUGCCACCCAGAGCCCAGGUCUGCUUUCUGGCUUGCCCCAACACCUGUGUUGUGGGACCCUGGGGACCGUGGAGCAUCUGCCCUCUGCAUUGUGACCAAGGAACAAUGAGGAACAGGAGCAGACGUGUCCUUCGCCUCCCAGCCUCGGAAAUCUCGGCCUGUCCAGAGCUGGUUCAGUCAGAGACCUGCGUCCUUAACAGUACCUGCUUCACCUACCAGUACACAGUCUCAGACUGGAGUACAUGCCAGCUGAGUGAAAAUGCCGUCUGUGGUCAGGGUUCACGGUUGCGUCUCCUGGACUGUAUUCGCAGCGACGGCAAGAUUGUGGAUUUGCAGAAAUGCGUGCAGUUUGGUCUGAUCAACAAGUGGAGGCUGUUGGAGAACUGCGUGGUUGACUGUCCUGUCAGCUGUAUACUUUCUGCUUGGUCGCCAUGGGCAGAAUGCUCGCACACCUGUGGUAGCCAAGGUCAGUCUGUGCGCACCCGGAGAAUCCUACAGGAGGCUCAUGAGGAGGGUCGGCCCUGUCCCAACCAGCUCACCCAGACCAAGCCAUGUCCUAUAAGGCCUUGCUAUAAGUGGCUGCUGAGUGACUGGUCCCCAUGCACUGUAGAGGGUGCAGAUUGUGGUGAAGGGCGUCGGAGAAGGAACCUGUCAUGUGUCGUCCACUGGGGUGACCGGCCUGAGUUUCCUCCUUGGCCAGUGGAAGAAGAACUUUGUGGAGAUAUACUGAUGCAAAAGAUCCAACAGGAGAUGGAGCAGCCCUGCUUCGUCCCCUGCCCAGGAGACUGCCAUUUGACUGUGUGGUCAUCUUGGAGCUCUUGCCAGCUGACCUGCCUGGAGGGGCGGAGCUUUGAGACCACCGGUCGCCAAGCUCGCUCCAGAGCUGUGAUCAUUCAGGUCAUGGAUAACCAGGGCAGCUGCCCACAUCAAGUCUUUGAGACCCAGCCUUGUAAAGGAGGAAAAUGCCACAGUUACCAGUGGAGGACAGGGGGAUGGAGCAACAAUGAGAGAGCAGUGUGGUGUCAGCGCUCAGAUGGUGUCAAUGUCACAGGGGGGUGUUUCCCGCAGAAAAGGCCGACCACCGUGAGACAUUGCCAUCCUCCGUGCACUAAACCCUUCUCACACUGCACACCGAGCGGAGUGUGUGGGUGUGAGAAGGGUUACACCGAAGUGAUGACCACGCACGGCUUCUUGGACUACUGCACCAGAACCCCGGGGGCGGACAACAACAAGAAAGCUGAUGUGAAAACCAACUCUGGAAGAUUAAAACCCGGGCCGUCUCAGGCCCAGGACCUCUUCAGCGAGUGGACCUUACGACCUGUUGGCCCAGAUGGAAGAGUAAAGCUGUGGGUUUACGCCGUGACUGCCGUUGGAUUCAUCUUAAUACUCUUCAUUAUUGCGUUAUCAUUCCUGGUCUGUAAUCCAUCCAAAACCACUAAGACGUCUCCCCCACCGCAGAAGCCCUUGACCCUAGCCUAUGAUGGUGACAUGGAUAUGUAACCAGGCUGCUAUACCUCACAAGGAUGCGCUCGGCCUGAUAAAGACUCCUGACUCCGUUCUGAUUGUUAGCAAGCACGCCCAUCACAUACCACUGAUCGUUGGUCAGUUUGAACUGGGUGGCUAUUUGCUGUAGUGCCAAUUGUAUUGUAUGAAACGGACAAGCAGCGAUGCUCGCACGUGACAUGCUGCUGAAGGGCAAUGUAGCCCUGAGAUUUUGGCUGCAGCAGACGUUCCUCACUAAAGAAGAGGAACCAAAGCCGAACAUGGUGAAAAUGAGACAAAAGGUCUAUAGACGUAGGAAAUGAAUCGACCUCUAGUUUCUCUUUUUAACUGCUUGCAAUGUGAACAACACAGUUGAAGCACUGUUUGCCACCCACAAAUGACAAGGACUCCGAAAAGUGUUUUUUGUGUGUGUCAGAGAAUCAGAGGAACCACUUGGCUAUUUGUCUCGUAUUUAUGUAAUGAGGGAGACAAAACAUCUUGAGUCAGCAGUCGCUCAUGACAUUCAAAGGCAGAACAACGGAACAUUUGACAUUUGACUUUGUCUCAUCAGUGCUGGAUCUUUGGGAAAGGAAAUGUCACACGCCUUUUGGGUAAACAAACAGCCUUUUUUUGAAUUUCUGAGAAUAAACAAGAUGCUCUAUGCACUACGUUAGUGCUGAUUCACUUUGUUUUUUUUCCUUUCAAAUGACUUUUCUAGUGAUUUAAUUGUAAUGCAAGUUGUUGCUGUCAGAUUGUGUUAUGUUGAUGAUGCCAUAUGUUGUGUAUAUGUGGAAACCAAAAGCAGGCUUGCCUUGAUUUUAACAAUACAGUGAUGCAGUAAUUUCUCCUCCAUGAUGCUCAUUAGACUCUCGGCCACUGAGGACUAAAUUAAGAAACAACCUCAAAAUCGUGGAAUUUGUACUGAAACAUGGCAGACUGCUUUGGUGACAAAUGCAGUCCAGGAUUAACAGAAGACAACAUAAACGCAAUGCAAAUUAUCAAAUACCAGCAUGAUAAAGAUCAUACCUCAUAUACACGUUUCAUCAAAUGCAAAACAAAUAAAGCACCAAAACAAUACAAGAAUAGAAGUGAAGAAUUAUCCACUGGAUCACACAUUGUAUUUUUUAGCAAAAACACCUUUCACGAGGAUGUCAUACUUUGUUUUCCUUUUACACCAUUUAUUUCAUACCAUUACAUCAAUAUACAAGGUCAGCUAACAUAGAGCAAGGUGAAUAACUAGUUUUUGACAGUAUUGUGUUCCUUUUUGCACCACGAAGACAGCAAAUACCAAAUAUUUUUGUGAGCACACACCCAAACUUAAAUGAGCUAUCUCUCAUUUUUAUUUCUCCAACCCCUCAACAAGCCCAGGAAUUUUUCAGAUUUCCACGAUUUUUGGUGCCAGAGCAUCAUCCCAAAGCACCUUAGUGGGCCAUAAACUCUUACAUUUUGUGUCACAUAGACAUGGAUCCUUCAGUGCAUUAUUCAUAUGACCCAGUGGAGAAUUAAGUUCAAAAUACUUGGUGGUUUUGGCACUGACCAGAGUUUACGCUGUUUCUCUUUCUGCCUCCACAAACUGAAGAUUUGGUCUUGUGUUAUCUGACCUCCUUCUGAAUGUAUUUUACCAGUAACUCUAUAAUCUUAAUGGUUGUGCAAAUAUGGUUGUUACAUGUUGUAACAAUUGUAUUUCAACAGCUGAUUGUAUGUAGGCAUGCUUGAUCCAUUUUGGCAGAAAGUGCUCCCAGUGGCCUUGCGAAGAUGUUUUCCAAGAUGCCAAACAUUUUUUGAAUAGUUUCUUUUAGGCAGUGUUUCUAAUAUUUGGCUAACAAAGGGACAUAUGGUAAAUGUCAAGUGUGUAAAAUUCAGUUGUGAAUGUUGAUCAUUUCUAGAUAACAUGGUCAACUAUUUAACAAGUUAUCUGGGCACAUUUCCAUUAUAAAACAAAGAACAGCCAACUUUGGACCUGAGAAGAGAAUUCUAUUGGGUUAUGUCCAAGAAAAUCUCAAAGUAUGUUAACUCAUUGUUUGCAGUACCAUGCUAUUUGUGUUACUAUUGUGUGUACAUGGAGAGCUGGACAAAAAUGCAAAUAAAUUGUGGAACCAUGUGAAA